CUAAAGAUAAUAGUACUUAAUAUUUAGAGCUCACUUUGGAAAAGGCGAAAGUAAACGAUGAAAGAGAGAGCGUUUUUUUUUCUAAGGUCUUGUUUGCCAGUAUUCAUCUUCUAGUAGGACUUGAUGGUUGAUAUCUUAUUAGUACACUAGAAGCCAAAUUCAUCAUAUGUUGCACGUGGUGACGCUGUAUUUGUACUUGGUAGCAUCUGCCAUUAUGUGUUUACCUUUAGGCGAAGAAUGUGGUAUAAAUGAUGGAGGAUUAAAUCAUCGACAACCUAGGUUUAACGAAUCAAAAUCAAGGUUAAUCAAUGGAAACGAAACACUUAAAGGUGCAUGGCCAUGGCAAGUUUCAUUACAAUUGCUUCAUCCAAUAUUCGGAUUCGUUGGUCAUUGGUGCGCUGGAGUUUUGAUUCGACCAACAUGGGUUUUAACAGCUGCUCACUGUAUUAAAAAUGAAAAAUUCAAUCUACCUUUAGCAGCUCUAUGGACUGCUGUUUUAGGUGAUUGGAAUAGAGAUGUUGAAGAAUGGACUGAGGAACGCAUUUCAAUUGAAAAAAUUAUUGUUCAUCACAUGUUUAAUAAUUAUCAAAAUGAUAUAGCAUUAAUGAAAUUAUCUAGGUCUACAAACGUUUCUAACACUUUUGUGCGAUAUUUAUGCUUAUCACCGUUGGCUAACAAAGCUGCGACAUUUAUUCCAAACGUUUGUAUAACAACAGGCUGGGGAAAAGUAAAAGAGAAUGGUCCAUUAUCGGGAAAACUGCGCCAGAUUAAAGUCUCAGUACAUAAUGCAUCUAUUUGCAAAGACAAAUAUGAACCAGCAGUUCCUAUCACAGAUGGACAUUUGUGUGCUGGUAAUUUGGACACUAAUGGAGGUAGGCCAUGUGUGGGAGAUUCUGGAGGCCCACUACAAUGUUCAGGACCAGAUGGAAGGUGGUAUUUAGCUGGUUUGAUUUCUUUUGGAUCAGGAUGUUCUAGGCCAGGAUUUCCUGAUGUUUAUACUAAACUAUCAUAUCAUUUAAUAUGGAUCAUUGAACAAAUAAAUAAAUAUGAAGAACAAAAAAAAAUUAAUGGAAAAAACUUUUAUUCAUUAUAAAAUAAUAAAAACCAAAAGUUAUCUUUAGUAAAGUUUGUAUGGAUAAUCUAUAAUCAUCUCUAUAAUAUGAGAAAAUAAUUUGGACUAAUUAAUGAAGUACUUUUCAUCUUGUGUAAUCCCUUAUUCAUAAUUAUAGAAUGUAUCGCUCACUAAAAACAUUAAGAAAAAAAACAAAGCAUAUCACUUAUCACAAUAAUUCUAAUUUAUUAGUAAAGCUCUAGGUUAUUAUUAAUAUGUCAAAUUAAAACACGAGUCAAAAUUUAAUAAUCGAUAUUUUGUAUAGUUGCAUUUUAAAAAAAUGGUAGCACAGUAGGCCGCGGGACAGUUGGGACGUGGCACGGUUGGGACUAGUAUAGAUGAUACCCGACAGUGAUUAAUAUCACUAUCAUAAGAAACGCUUCGAUGCAAAUCUGUAGAUAGUGUUUCAUUAUAAAAAAAAUGAAUUUAUUGCCAUAACUUUUAGCUCAACUUGCAAGUUUGAAAUUGACAUUAUUAAAUAGAAAAUAAUGAAAUUGUUAAGAUUAA